GUAAAUGAUUCAUAGAGCAAGCUUAUUUAUAAGCGGAGUAAUUGCGCGCAGCUCGCGCAGUUAGUCAGUGUGUUACCAACAGCUAUGAGUGUGUGUGUUGUUUUCGGGUGAGCGCUUGCGUGUGAGUGAAUGCCGGACACCAAUCUGCAGAGGAGACGGAGAGGAGAGGAGAUUCCAGACGAAAGAAACAGUGAGCGUGAGCAGACUUCGUGAAAGAAAGUCAAAUUAAUUUGGCUUUAAUUCUGGGGUUUUAUCGAAUAUAUCAUCCAGCCCUGCCAGUCCAACGGUUGGUCAAGGGAAUCAACUGUUGCUGCAGCCGAGUGGUUUUCAAAGGGACAUUAGGUUAAUCACAAUUGACCAAUUCCGUGUUGCUGACUCUGAAUCUGGACAUGGGUUUGAGAAUGCAUUUUUAACCAUCACCUGGACCUGGUUUAUUUAUUGUGCUGCGCGCACCCGGCGGCCGGAUGCAUGUUGUUCAUGGUCUGUUCUGAUACUGCAUAGAGAAUACAUGCUCUUCCAGAAUGAUCCUACUCCACGCCUCUCCUGGCUUUUUGAUAUUGGUUUAUCAUAUUUUUCUAUCAGUCAGUAGCAGUUGCUUGUAGGCAAGUAGACACAUUUGGGCUAUUUGAACAAUUCCAAAGGCAGUUGGAGGAUAAUAGUGGAUUUUUUAUUUCUUUGUGACCUUGCCUUUUCGGCGUUAAUCCAAGAGGAUAGAUGCUAAUGAUGGAGAAUAACGGCAUGGACGCGCAUCAGGUUGGAAUCAAUCCUGAAUACGAACCGGAGGGCCGGCCGCGGUCAUGCACUUGGCCGCUGCCGACGUGUCCGGAGGAUUUCCCUCGGGGAGUGGAUGAAGCAAAUCGAGGUCUGCCCCUGGCAUCUGUCAAACUGGAGCAGCUUCAGUACAACGUGCCGGCAUGCCGCGGUGGAGCAGCCGAGGGAAGAGGUGGCGCACCCGCGGAGCUCAAACAUCCAGCCGGCGCCCCGGUCCCCAUCGCAGCCGGCGCUCCUACAUGCAUGUCUGGGGCUGCCCUCGACGUGGCCGGUCAGCUGCGCAAAGCCAAGUCGUCCCGGAGGAACGCGUGGGGAAACCAGUCGUACGCGGACCUCAUCACGCGUGCCAUUGAGAGUGCCCCUGAGAAGAGACUCACUCUGUCGCAGGUUUACGAUUGGAUGGUGCGCUUUGUCCCUUAUUUCAAGGAUAAAGGCGACAGCAAUAGUUCAGCUGGAUGGAAGAGCAAAGCAGGGGGAGUGAAAGGCCUGCUGUCGCCUGAGGGGCUGAGGAGCGUAGGCCUGAGUGGGGAACAGGAGAAGUUUCCUUGGUGGUUGCUGAACCCAGAGGGGGGAAGAUGGAUAAGGGACGGCGUGGACCGCGGGCUGGACGUAGUUGCGGCUCCUCCAUUGACUGCCGCCCACGGCACCAAGAUCCUGAAGAGUAAAACGAACUGCACAGGAGCCAGGGAAGAGGCCUGGAGCUGGGAGCGGGUGGAGCUGCCUUCGACGCUCAGCGCUGCCUCGUCUCCCAUCCUGGCGAGGCUGAGCCCAGAUGAGCCAGAGGAGGGAGGCCUGUCCUGCUCCACUUCCCCACGUCUCUAUCCCAGCCCUACUUCCACUCGCUCCCCUGCCCUGGGCACUGGGGGGCACUGCCCUGGCACCUCAAUGGAGCUACCCCAACUCACUGACCUUGACUGGGGCUAUCAGCCUGGACGAGGGCUACCCCCACCCCAGAACCACCCUUGA